GGCGCGGGAUUUGCAGCGUCGGCACGGCAGCCAUCCGAUCCGCUCGCCGGCGCCCGCUGGUGUGUUGUGUGUACGUGUACGUUUCCCGGGUGCACCCUGCACGCGCGCCCCGCUCCCGCCAUGCCAUUGCCAUCCCAUCCCACGCACGCCACCAGCCAGCCAGUCCACUCCGGGCGCAGCGCAGCGCAGCGCAGCCAGCUUUCCCCGCCCUCUCCUCCCGCCACGCCACCGCGCCCGACCACCAACGCCUGACGUCUAGGCCCCACCAACGCCCCUGUCCCACUCGCACGCGGCACGCACCGUUCAGUCCCCGCGUACGCGUAGCACGGGGCUGCCACCCGACCCACUCCUUCCCGCGGUCACUUUACAGUUGCCCGCUGCCUGCCUCCCCGCCGCACCCACCCACCACCCACCCACCUCUUUAUUCACCCCGACACCCCCCUCGCCUCGCUUUCCCCCUCCUCUCAUUCCAUUCCACCCACGCCGCCUGCCUGCCCCCUCGCCUCGGGGGCGAACCACGAGAAGGGGAUUCCGGCUAGGGUUUCGCGGAUCGAGAAGAGUCAGGGAAGAAGCGGGGGGAGAGAAGAGGGCGGCACCUAGGGUUUCCGCGGGCGGCCCCCCCGCAUGGCCUCGCCAGCUGCAGCGGCGGCGGCGGCGCCACCGCCGGCCGCCAAGGAGAAGGAGAAGGACGCGGAGGAGGCACCGGUCACGGGGGACAUGGUCAGCGCCGGCUUCGCAGAGCUCGAGCGCCAGCAGCAGCUGCUGGCCACCUGCACGCGCCUCUACCAGCAGCUGUCCGACCACUUCGGCUCGCUCGAGCGGGGGCUCGCGGCGCGCUCCGACGCGCUCCGCGUCCGCCGCAGGGCCUUCGACGCGCGCACCCACCGCGCGCUCGACUCGCUCCACCGCCGGGAGGCCUCCAUCGACGCCUCCGUCUCGCGCGCGCUCGACCACCUCCACUCCAUCUCCGCCUCCGCCUCCGCCGCCGCCGCCGCUUCCUCCAAGGCCCCCGCCACCUCCGACUCCGACUCCGAGGGCCUCGCCGAGAGCCUGCGCGCGCUGUGCGCGCGGAUGGACUCCGCCGCGUUCCUGGGCUUCGUGGUGGCCCGCCGCAAGGAGGCGGACGCGCUGCGGGCCGAGAUGCCGCCGGCGCUCAAGCUCUGCGUGGAUCCGGCCAAGUUCGUCAUGGACGCCGUCGCCGACGUCUUCCCCGUCGACCGCCGCGAGGUCCGGAACCCCGCCGACCUGGCCUGGGCCUGCGUGCUCAUCCUCGAGGCCGCCGUGCCCGCGCUCGCCGACACGGACCCGGACAUCGGCCCCGCGCGCCCGCUCGUGCCGCGGGCCGCGCGCGACCGCGCGCGGGGCAUGGCCAGGGACUGGAAGGAGGCCGCCGAGAAGAAGGGGGGCGUCGAGGGCGCCAAGCCGCCCGACGCGCACGCCUUCCUGCAGCUCGUCGCCACGUUUGCCGUCGCCGAGAGGGAGGACAGGCCGCUGUACCGCAGGAUUGUCGUCAGCUUCUCCUGGCGCCGCCAGAUGCCACGCCUCGCGCUCACCCUCGGACUCGAGGAACAAAUGGCCGAUAUCAUUGAGGAACUAAUUGCUAAGAGGCAGCAGCUUGAUGCUGUAAAUUUCGCUUAUGAGGCUGGGCUUCAGGAGAAGUUCCCACCAGUUCCUCUUUUGAAGUCCUACCUGGAAGACUCUAAGAAGACAUCAACCGCUGCUUCAGAUAAUUCAAGCACUAGCAGCGGCCAAUCAGGGAGCAAUGUGAACAAGAAAGAACAGUCUGCACUGCGAGCUGUCAUCAAGUGUGUUGAGGAUCGUAAACUAGAAGCUGAGUUUCCACUGGAGGGUCUUCGGAAGCAACUUGAAGAACUAGAGAAAGCCAAGACCGAGAAGAAGAAGGCAGCAUCAAGCGCUACCAGUGGCGGCAGCGGCGGCCCUGCAACCAAGCGCAUCCGUGCGAGCACUGGAGGCCCAAUGCCUCCUGCCAAGGCAGGUCGUCUCACUAACAAUGCUUGCGUGUCUUCUCUCCCAGCUCCCACCACAUUGACCCAGUCUCCCUCCCACGCGUCAUACGCCAACACCUCCCCGUCCCGCACCUCAUACGCCAAUACCUCCCCAUCCCACGCCUCAUACGCCACAGUCUCCCCAACCCAUGCAUCAUACGCCACACCCUCCCCUCCCCAUGCAUCAUACGCCACAGCCUCCCCUUACCCUUACGACAGGCCGGUUGGACACGGCGUGUACUGCACCCGGAGCCCGCCGGUGAUCAGGGAGCCAUAUGUUUACCCAGCUGAGGAGGUAGCCACCGUCAACGUCGGCAUUCCCAUGGCCUACUCCACCCCGCCCAUGAGCUACCCUGCUGCCCCCUACGGCGGCUAUGGCAACGGGAUGCCAGCUUACACCAAUGGAAUGGCUCCUGCCUUCCACCAGGCUUACUACCGGUAGGUUCAGUCAGGAAACGAAGAAGUCGCUGAUGAAUGACAUGACAACAACUGAUGAUGCCAACGACUCGAAACCCCGCUCAAUGGCCCUGUUUUGUAGCGACUGACUACAACGGUAGGUUGGGUACCCCAUCUUCCAUGUCCUUACCACCGCUACUACUAGAUGUGUUGUCUUUAGCUCCUCGUCUCAUCUUAGUCCGCUACCGUAAUUUUUUUUACUACUACUAAGGAACCUGGAUGUAAAUUAUGUAUGGUAUCAGCGAGACUGUCGUCGCAGCCUUAUGUAAUUCUGUUCAGAACUUUUGAAAAACGAAAAAAAAAGAAGAAACCAGCAUGUAAUCCUGAAGUACCGGUCUACCGGAUGUACCGUGGACUUAAUUAGAAGUGUUUUUUUUUAUAGUUUA